AUGGAUAACCCACAUGAGGAACGACAGGCCGUGUUACUAGAACGGAUCAUUAAGAACGUAGAAAAGUGCAAUGAAGCUAUCCUUGAGAUGAACCACUGUGCAAACGAAAUCGCUGUUGGACAUAUGGACACGGCCAUUGCUGCGAAUUUAUUCACAAACUACAGCAAGAACGUACGGUACAACCUAGAAGCC